AUGGGCCUCUGCAAGAAACUGGCCGAUGGCCUCGACGAAGUCGAUGUGAUUAUCGCAGGAGGAGGAACUGCGGCAUGUGUUGUUGCCGGUCGGCUUGCCGGCCAAGCACCGGACCUUUCAAUUCUCGUGAUCGAGGGCGGCACCAAUAAUCGCGAUGUUCCCAACGUCGUUCAUCCCGCCUUCUUUCUAGACCAUCUGGCUCCCGAAAGUAAAACCGCAAUCUUCUACCAGGGCAACAAAUCCGACCAACUGGCCGGCCGCAGCCCCAUCGUCCCAUCAGGGGGUAUGCUUGGUGGCGGCUCCUCCAUCAACUUUAUGCUCUACACCCGCGCCCAGAAAUCCGACUUCGACUCUUGGAAGACCCCAGGCUGGUCGGCUCAGGACCUCCGGCCUUACUUGAACCGCUUCGAGACAUACCAUGGCAACGGCGAUGCAGCCGACCACGGAAACUCCGGCCCCGUACAUAUUUCCUCCGGCGGCUUCCGUGUUCCCGGUGCCGAAGACGAGAUCCUCGCCGCAGCAAAGCAUCUAGGAUACCCUGAAAUCCGUGACCUGCAGAACCUCGAAGCGAACAAUGGUUACGAACGCUGGAUGCGAUAUGUCUCACUCGAUGGUAAGAGACAGGACUCUGCGCACACGUUCUUGCACCCUCUUCUUGAGGACGGAAAGCAUCCAAAUCUCCACGUUUUGGUCGAGUCCAAGGUCGUGAGGGUGUUGUUUGAUGAGCAUAAGCGUGCCGUGGGCGUCGAGUACACCCCGAACCCGGAUUAUCAGGCCGUGCUGAACACGACAAGGCACCCCGUCCAGACAGUGAAAGCGAGAAAGCUGGUUGUGGUCUCUUGCGGCGCAUGUGGUACGCCCGGAGUCCUCGAGAGAUCAGGCGUUGGCGCCAAGAGCGUGCUUGAAAAGGCAGGUGUCCCGCUGGUUUCCGACCUACCCGGUGUCGGCCAUGACUACCAGGAUCACCAUCUCAUCUUGUACCCCUACAAGACGGCGUUGAAGAAGGAGGAGACGCUCGAUGAACUAUUCAGUGGACGCAUCAGCCACGAAGAUGCGAUAGCGCAAAAACAUAAGAUGCUUGGCUGGAAUGGAGUCGAUGUCAUCGGUAAGAUCCGUCCUGCCGAGGAGGAAGUGGACAGAUUGGGCCCCGAGUUCCGCAAGGCUUGGAACAAGGACUUCAAGAAAGACCCUAACAGACCGCUCAUGCUCAGCGGUUUCCUUCACGGAUAUCUCGGCGAUCACUCAGCUAUUCCAGUAGGCCAGUAUACGACUGGUGCUAACUACACCGCCUACCCCUAUUCUCGUGGCAGCAUCCACAUCACGGGUCCUUCCAUCUCGGACCCUGUUGACUUCAAUACUGGAUUUCUCUCUGAUCCAGACGAUAUCGACCUUAAGAAGCACAUCUGGGCGUACAAGCACGGGCGUGAGGUAGCACGCCGCACCCCAUUCUACCGCGGCGAGGUGGCCGGCGGUCACCCUGCCUUUCCAGCUGGGUCAAAGGCUGCUAUUAUUGAGGAUGUGUCGGCAGACACGUACAAGAACGUGACCAAUCUGGAGUAUUCCGCUGAGGAUGACAAGGCAAUCGAGCAGUUUGUGAGAGAGAAUGUCAACACGACUUGGCACUCCCUUGGCACGGCCAAGAUGGCGCCAAGGGCAGACAAGGGUGUGGUGGACUCAAGUCUGAGUGUGUACGGCGUGGAGAAGCUGAAGCUUGUGGAUUUGAGUAUUUGCCCUGAGAACGUGGGCGCUAACACCAACAACACAGCGUUCGUGGUGGGCGAGAAGGCGGCCGAUAUCAUUGCAAAGGAGUUGGGCAUCAAGAUUACGCCGAAGCUUUGA